AUGUUCGCUGAAUGCCCUGCGCUGGCUGGACCAGGUUGCACUUUUGCUGACGGGUUAUAUGCCGACGGAUCCUUCCUCGAGUCGCAGUGCCUUCGGCUGCUCUGCGACUCUGACCACUGGGUUGUGACGGGCGGCGUCAGCUCGAGCUGUGGGCAAUGCAGCCUGUUCCUCGAUCCUCAUCUAACAACUUCUGACAGUUACACUACCAGUCUUCUGCAGGAUCCUUGCCAAUACUCCCUCAUUCAGACCGGACUUUCCUCUACUCCUGAUGUCAGCAUCGUUAGCCAAUUCAAGGACGACUGCAAAGGCUUAGGAUCCUGCGUGGAUAAAUCUGUCUUCAAGGACAGUCCUUCCGCCUCUAUCGAAAUUGGCAAAGAUGGAUUAGACGCAGCGAAUAUAUUCACGGUAUACGUGGGCGGCACCGCCUACACGAUCCCCGACGGAGACCCGGCCUAUGUCCCGGGAACCUCCGUGCUGGCGUGGAGAGCCACCGAUUCCUGCAUUCAGCUUGUGGGCUCCAGUGGGCUGUCGAUGGAACAGUGCGAAUUCCACCAGUUCAUGUGGUCCCAUCCGGACAGCGCCCCUUACUAUGGUGUCUGCGGCCUAUACACCGGCGACGGCGAUAUGAGCGACGACCUGACUUUACGAGAUAACAGUACAGUUACCUUGAGCGAAUACCUAGUUCCUUCAUUCGUCUUCUCGUGGUUGACCGAUGAUCAGGUGAAUCCUAAAUGUGCAGGUUCCCAGACGACUACAAGGAGGGUACCAAGUUUAUGUCAGCAAAACAACGAAAAACAGGAGGAACAUCGAGCGAAUUGCACCGCAGUAAUUGGUUCAGUUGAAGUCUACGAUACGUUCAUAUCAGACGCGUCUCUCGAAAUUGUGUUAGAUGCGUGUGUCUUCGACUUGUGUUUGAUCAGCCAGGUAACAGAGGGUGAUCAAGACAGUAUGUCUGAAUGGUUGUACGGGCCGGUUGUGGAUUAUACAGAAAGAGUAAUUUAUCUGGAAUUGGCCUCAGGUGGAUGUCAGUUUGGUGGGCAGAACUACUCAGAGGGAGAAAGAAGGGAAGACUCUUGCGACAUCUAUGUCUGCCAGCAUGGGCAAUGGACUCUGAUGGACGGAAAAAAAGUUCCUUCAUGCUGCUCAUCCGGGGACGAGUAUUUUGAGAACGGGGCUGAGGAUUCCGUGGAUUGCGAAAUUAAGAUUUGCAGCUGCGGCGUCUGGGAGGACAAGGGGGAGGUGGACCCGACCUGCUGUGAGUAUGAUGGCGAGAAAUACGAGGAUGGCGAUGAAGUGACCUUCGACUGUGCGGUGCAACGAUGCAGCGGUGGAGGAUGGGUCUUUGUGUCCGAUGACCCAGCCUGCUGUGAGUAUGAUGGCGAGAAAUACGAGGAUGGCGAUGAAGUGACCUUCGACUGUGCGGUGCAACGAUGCAGCGGUGGAGGAUGGGUCUUUGUGUCCGAUGACCCAACCUGCUGUGAGUAUAAUGGCGAGAAAUACGAGGAUGGCGAGGAAGUGACCUUUGACUGUGAGGUGCAACGAUGCAGCGGUGGAGGAUGGGUCUUUGUGUCCGAUGACCCAACCUGCUGUGAGUAUGAUGGCGAGAAAUACGAGGAUGGCGAUGAAGUGACCUUCGACUGUGAGGUGCAACGAUGCAGCGGUGGAGGAUGGGUCUUUGUGUCCGAUGACCCAACCUGCUGUGAGUAUGAUGGCGAGAAAUACGAGGAUGGCGAGGAAGUGACCUUCGACUGUGAGGUGCAACGAUGCAGCGGUGGAGGAUGGGUCUUUGUGUCCAAUGACCCAGCCUGUUGUGUCCAUAACGGCCAAUCUUAUGUGCAGGGCCAAACCGUAGCCUUCGAUUGUGACAUUAUUCGUUGUAAUCUUGGGGACUGGGCCGUUGAUUCGCCCGAUCCAAACUGUUGUAGAGAGGGAGACCAAGAGUAUGCGGAAGGGGAAACGAGGACAAUGGACUGCAAAAUUGAACAGUGCAUCAGAGGAACAUUUAUCGACACUGGAGACCGUGACCCGAACUGCUGCGAACAUUACGGAUCACUGUUUCCGGAUGGUGCGAUUACAACCAUCGACUGUCACAUUUACAGCUGCGAUAAAGGGGAAUGGACAGAUACAUUUGUCAUGGAUCCAACAUGCUGUGAAAUUGGCGGAAGGUUGUUCGAAGAAGGCACGCACGCGGUAGUUGAAUGUUACAUCUUUGAGUGCAUGAACGGUAGAUGGAAUGACACACUCACCAUGGAUCCUAAUUGCGGCCAUCCAGCACCAAGUGAACAUACAGAACACAGGGAAGGAUAUUCAGGAUGCGAUGAGACUGAAGCUUGCUAUGGCGUAGGAGGCGGCAUUAUCAUCCAGAUAGACCAACAAGUCAACAGGCCUUGAGUCACUAGUUAAAAAUUAAUAUGUUGAUUUGCUGUUACUAGUCACUCUGCAACCAUGUAUUCAAAUAAACUGAUUAAUAAAUAAGUAAAUGAAUAGACAAGGAAAUGAAUAAACAAAUAAACAACAUGCAAAGCUAUCGGUCCUGCUGAAGCACAGUGUGAAUCAUGCGUUUUAUUGUUUUUUCUUUCCUUAUUAACUUUGAACUUUGAAUCUUAUUUUUUUUGGGUAAGAGUAAACAAAAAAGUGUAAAAUUAAAAAUGGAAACACAGAUUUGGUAAGCUAUUAGUACGUUUAAAAUAAUAGCAUAUUUGGGUAAAAUUCAUCUCUGAAAAAUAAGUGUUUCUUUUUUCGAUGCUUGAAAGUCAAUAAAAAAUAGGCAAAUCUGA